AAUCGGAACGCAGGUUGAUCGAAGCUCUCUCCAGUUUCCUCUCGCUGUCUCAUGGAGGGGCUAAAACCCUAACUGGCUAACUGUAAACCCCCAUCAACGCUAACCAAGAUAAAAAAAAGAAGUUUCUACGAUAAGCAUGAGCCUCCACCACGACAACGCCAUGAACGACGACCAAGACCAAGAUCAAGAUCAAGACCAAGACCAAGCUCAGGCUCAAACCCUACAUGGCAUGACCACUGGCCCGCUGGCCUCGUCGGUGUCCAAGCUCUGCGGCUCCUCGCGCGGCUUACCUUCCGGCAAGGACUUCCACUUUUUCUACAACUUUGAAGAUUUCAAGGUCCCAUUGCAAGAAAUCUCCAAGAAAUCCCAGUCCAUGCUUGAGGCGAUCGGUUCGUCAACGUCGCGCGUUUGGGGGUCCAAGGAAAUGGCGUUCCCGGCCACUGAUGAUAUGGAGGAUGCGUACGAUUGGCUUGUGAACGUAAACGACGAGCUGUUCGAGCGGUUCGACUUGUCGGCUGACGAGUUUCAUAGGCAUCGGAAUAAGGAAGAGGAGGCGGGGCAGGCGGUAUUGGACUUGGAAAACGGGUUCCAGUUGGUGCACGGAAAGAAGAAGAAGGUGACGAGUCAUGGCUCGGUGAGUGGGGAGGCGAGUGUGGUAGCGGGGGUGAAAGUGGCGACAAAGGAUAAGAAGACAACGGGGCCGAAACCUAAGGUGCGUUUUCAUAUACCAUCGAUACGGAAGCCGCAAGAGGAGUUUAGUAUUAUGGUGAACAAUUCAAACCAGCCAUUUGAGCACGUUUGGUUGCAGAGGAGUGAGGAUGGUCUGAGGUUUAUUCAUCCCUUGGAAAAUCUUUCUGUUUUGGAUUUUGUUGAUAAAGAUAUUGCGAAUGUCAAUCCUGUAAAGCCUCCCCCAAUAGAGUCUACUCCUUUCAAGCUUGUGGAGGAAGUGAAAUAUUUGAAAGAGUUGGCUGCUAAAUUGCGUGGUGUAAAUGAAUUUGCGGUUGAUUUGGAACAUAAUCAAUACCGAUCUUUUCAAGGAUUGACUUGCUUGAUGCAAAUAUCUACUAGAACUGAAGAUUUUGUUGUAGAUACUUUAAAGCUUCGAAUUCAUGUUGGUCCAUACCUAAGGGAGGUUUUCAAGGAUCCUACCAAGAGAAAGGUUAUGCAUGGAGCAGAUCGGGAUAUUGUGUGGCUUCAACGGGACUUUGGCAUUUAUGUUUGCAAUUUGUUCGAUACUGGCCAGGCAUCGAAGGUAUUGAAACUACAGAGAAAUAGUUUGGAGUUUCUUUUGGAUCACUUUUGUGGAGUUAUUGCGAAUAAAGAAUACCAGAAUGCAGAUUGGAGAUUACGCCCUCUUCCUGAGGAUAUGGUCAGAUAUGCCAGAGAAGAUACACACUAUCUAUUGCAUAUAUAUGAUUUAAUGAGAAUGGAGUUGUUUUCAAUGCCCAAGGAGAAUGAAAAUUUUGAUUCUCCUUUAGUAGAGGUCUACAAGCGCAGUUAUGAUGUAUGCAUGCAGCUGUAUGAGAAAGAGGUUUUGACAGAAAACUCAUAUCUAUAUAUAUAUGGGUUGCAAGCUGCUGGUCUCAAUGCUCAGGAGCUUGCUGUAGUUGCAGGGCUUUAUGAGUGGCGGGAUGUUGUUGCUCGUGCAGAGGAUGAGAGUACUGGAUAUAUAUUACCAAACAAAAUUCUUCUUCAAAUUGCCAAGCAGAAGCCGGAUGCAACUAGCAAGUUACGUCGAAUGGUAAAAUCAAAGCAUCCUUACGUGGAGCGCAAUCUUGCUUCUGUUGUUAACAUCAUUAGGCAUUCUAUGCAUAACGCUGCUGCAUUUGAAGCUGUUGCUGAACAUCUGAAGGUUGGCCACAUUGAAAUGGUAUCGGAUGGAAAUAUUGUGGUUACCGAUGAAUCUGAGGCCGUACACGAUCCUCCUGCAUACUUUCAAGGUGCAAAUGCCAGAGGAGAAAGCAUUGAAGCUGGUGAUAUGAAAAAUAGCAUUUCUGUACUCUUGCCUGCUUGUUCUGAGCUCAAAGAAGAGUCUCUGGAGCUUGGGUGCAGUGCCUCUGAACUUGGCAGAGAUGGACAAGGGGCUUCUUUUGAAGUUUUAGAUAAAAAUGGGAAGGUAAAUACUGGUUCUGAUGGUUAUAUUGCAGAGCUCCCCACUGAAAGGCUCAAGGCAAAUGAUCACACCUUGGUAUCGGCUUCAACAAAAGUUGUUACUGGAGCAACGGUUCAGAUGUUAAAGAAGCCUAGUGGUGCUUUUGGGGCACUGCUCGGGAGUUCUGCUCCAAAGAGGAAGUUUAAUACUAAUAAAAAGCAGGAAGAGAUGAAAUUGGAACAAAUCAGGUCUUCAGUGACCUUCCCCUUUCACACAUUUUCGGGCACGAGUGAGCAGUCACAACCAGUUACGGAAACACUGGAUACAGUUGGGGGAAUUCAUCAUCUUCAAGAAUCAAUUGUCGUGCCAGCUGCCAGCUCUAAUUUGGAGGAGAUUAUAACUCUAGUAGAUGAAUCAAUUCGUGGAAAUAGGGAAGCUACAAGUGGGCACAAAAACGAUUUUGGGACAUCUGCUUUAGAAUUGGAUAGUGGAGAUGAGCCUAUGUCUCUCUCUGAAUUGUCAUCAAGCUUCCAAAAAUGCUUUGAGUCAAGUAAUCAAAAUGGGAAAGCCAGACAAGUUGAGAAAUCUCAAGAACCUGGUUUCUUGCAGCUAAGGCCAUUUGAUUAUGAAGCAGCACGGAAGCAGGUCAGAUUUGGAGAAGAUAAAUUGGAAGAGUUGGAAUCAGGAAGCGAGAAAGGUUUAAAGGGCCGGCUCGGUUCUCGGGGAAAGAAAAAAGGUUCAGUUACAGAUCGAACCCAAAGAGACGAUGGCACAAGAGAACUUGCACAAGGCAUGCGACGUCAAGCUUUUCCGGCAACAGGGAAUCGUAGCGCAACUUUUCGGUGAGUCCCUUGCUACAUAUUGUACUUGUCAGUGUAUGACAGAUAAAAAGAAUGCUUAUCAACCUCGGUGGGUUGUCAUUUCAUUAUCCAAUACCAAUUUCCUUUGUUCUUACAA